UUCCUUGUAAUUUACGAAUUUUUUCCUUGUAGGUAAAAAGUGUUUUGAAAAUUUUUUAAACUUGGAAAUUUCUCUUUUUAUAGAACUGCUGUCAACUAUAAAGAUUUCACCUUCUGUUCACUAUUUUUAUAUUUAAAUUUGAAGUAUCACAGAUACACGUUUUUAUUGCAUCACACAUAUAUGAUGUGGGCUUCUAUUCAUAUUAGUUGAUUUCUCAAUUAAUUAUCAAUUCGGCCAUCUGAAAAAUUGAUAAACAAGUAAAUAGGUAAAUAACACAUAAUUAGGACACAGCAGAUAAAGUCAAAGAAGAGUCGUGCAAACUAACACGUAGCUUAGUUUCUGAUCUGUUUCCACGCAUGCUCCUAUGCAGAAAAACCCUUUGGUGCCGACCAGUGUUCAUAAAAUUUUGCAACGCGAAACCGGAGCUUCUCAGUUUUCAUUAAUUCUCCUUUUUUGCAAGUGUCGACAACAAAAAAAAAAUGUGCUUGAGGCAUUUAAGAUGUCAUGAGGGUUGUGAAGGAUUCGAGAGUAUUGAUAAUGUGAGUGCUGAAUCUGGAAGUGGGGAAUCAUGCACAACAUCACCUGGUGAUGGUGUAUCUUCAACUGGAGAGUCAAUGAGUUCGGUGCAAGCUCGCCAGGAAGAAGCCAGACGCAAAAGACGCAGGAAGAAGAGAUCUGGAUCAUCCUUGGUUUCGUCUUGCUUUCAAG